UUUUUUUUACAUAUUAAAAUGAUUAAUAGUUUACCCAAAGAAAUAUUAUUCAAAAUAUUUGACUACCUUUCUGAAGAAGAAAUGAGAGCUAAUAAAAGUGCCUUCAAAUUAGUAAAUAAAUCUUGGUGCAAUGCUAUUAAAGCUAUUUACGGCCACACUAUUUCAGUUCGAGUUAGAGAAGAGAAGUUACCUGAUUUAUAUCGAGAUCUUUUACUUUGCUCACAUUUAGCUGAGAAGAUAGAACAUCUGCAAGUAAUGGAAUUUUGGAAAGAAGUUGAUUUAAUUUUACCACAUAUUGAACUUCAACAUAUCUUAUUAUUGUGUCCAAAUUUAUCAGAGUUGUCAAUUGAUAUCUUGGAUGGUUUACCUGCCUAUCUGGAGGCUAUAAGACAAAUUACUUAUUAUUUAAAUCAUAUUCAGAAAUUUUACAUAUGCAACUUACAAGCAUGUUCAAGAAGCAGGAACAUGUUUUACUUUCAUAUAUGUUUAGAACUUAGAAAUAGCUUGACUUAUUUUGAAAUUUCGAAUGGUACAACCUAUAGGGUUUUAGAAGAUCACUAUGGAGGUAUUUCUAAUUUUCUUCAGCAGUUUCCCAAUUUACACCAUUUAAAAAUCAAGUUAUCACCUUAUAUGAAAAUGAAUCGUUGGAGCAUUAAUUUGGCAAGUUUAUUCGAUAGUUGUAAGGCUCUGCGAAAUACAGAAUUUGUAUUAGCAGGAUUCCUUUCUCAAAAUUUGGUGGUACCUGUUAAAGAAUUGAAAAAGAUUAAUUGUGAGCCGACUUACAAUUCACUUAAACAUCUUCAAAUACAACUAAGCACAAUUCAUGGUCAAACAUUAAGGUACAUCAUGACCAAGUUCAAAGGACUGAAGAUGCUAUCACUAGAUAUUAGCUGUGGUGUUAUAUUCAGCAAACCAAGCGAAAAGACGCGCGAAGCAAUUGAAACUUUUUUUAAUCAAUUCAAUGAAUUUAUAGAAAUGAUCGAUUCUGUUCAUGUGUAUUUUAAAUGUUAUGGUCAACGUGUAAGUUACAUAUUUAUACUAAAUAGCUGUAUUUUAACAAUUGUUCGUUUUUUGUUAUAUAAAGUACAUAAAAGAUAAGGUACCAAGAAGACUAAAAGGAAUUGUAUAUAAAAAAUAAAAAGGCCAUUAAAAGAUGUUGUAGAAAAAAAAAAAAAAGAAAAAAGAAAAAA